GGGGUGUUUCAGUGACUGAGAGAUGCUCCUCUCCUAACUUAAGUCGUCGAGGUGGGAACUUGAUUGGGCACUCAAAUUGGCACAGCUCUCCUCAGCUGGGAGCAGCCGCUGAAACUCCCCCUUUUACUUCUGUCAUUUCCAUCUUAUUUGUUGCCUCCGUGGUGGGGCACCUCCCGCUGUCAGAGCCAGAUCCAGGCUGUCCCGAGGAGGAUGGAGACGAGCCCCAUCCCGGUGGUGACGGUCCAGACCGCCCCCUUCGAGGACCAGCGGCCCGGGACCAGCGGGCUGCGCAGGAAGACGGCGGUGUUCGAGGGCAAGAAGAACUACUUGCAGAACUACAUCCAGAGCCUGCUGUCCUCCAUCGACCUGCGGGACCGGCAGGGAUGCACCAUGGUGGUGGGCAGCGACGGCCGCUACUUCAGCAGAGCUGCCAUCGAGGUGAUCGUGCAGAUGGCAGCUGCCAACGGGAUUGGUCGUCUGGUAAUCGGUCACAACGGCCUCCUGUCCACUCCCGCCGUGUCCUGCAUCAUCAGGAAGGUCAAGGCGAUUGGUGGGAUUAUCCUCACGGCAAGUCACAACCCUGGAGGACCUGGCGGGGACUUUGGAGUCAAGUUCAAUGUAGCAAAUGGAGGCCCAUCUCCAGAUACAGUGAUGGAGAGGAUCUGCCAAGUGAGCCGGACACUGGAGGAGUAUGCUAUCUGCCCUGAUUUGCGCAUUGACCUCUCAAGACCGGGAAGACAAGAGUUUGAUCUUGAGAACAAGUUCAAACCUUUCAGAGUGGAGAUUGUAGACUCAGUAGAAGUAUACCUGCAAAUGUUGCGAAACAUCUUUGACUUCUCCGCCAUUAAAAGUUUCCUCACAAGACCAGAUCAGCUUAAGAUAUACGUAGAUGCAAUGAACGGCGUGAUGGGGCCAUAUGUACGCAGGAUCCUGUGUGAUGAGUUGGGAGCUCCUGCAAACUCUGCUGUCAACUGUGUCCCUCUGGAGGACUUUGGUGGUCAACCUCCUGAGCCUAACCCGACCUAUGCCACCUCGCUGGUAGAUGCUAUGAAAGGAAAGGGCUUCGGCUUUGGAUCUGCAUUUGAUGCUGAUGGUGACCGCUACAUGAUCCUUGGAGAAAACGGCUUCUUUGUGAACCCGUCAGACUCAGUGGCCAUCAUGGCUGCUAACCUCUCCACCAUCCCUUACUUCAGACAGCACGGCGUCAGAGGCUUUGCCAGGAGUAUGCCCACCAGCGCCGCCCUGGACAGGGUAGCCAAAUCCAUGAAAAUGGCACUGUAUGAAACCCCCACAGGCUGGAGGUACUUCGGAAACCUGAUGGAUUCUGGGCGUUGUUCCCUCUGUGGGGAGGAGAGCUUUGGGACAGGUUCAGAUCACAUUCGUGAGAAGGAUGGCUUGUGGUCGGUGCUGGUGUGGUUGUCCAUCAUGGCUGCCAGGAAUCAAGGUGUGGAGCAAAUCGUCAGAGAGCACUGGGCCAAGUUUGGACGUAACUACUUCUGCAGAUUUGACUAUGAAGGCCUGGACCCACGUGGCGCAUUUUACCUGAUGAGGGACCUGGAGGCAGUAAUCUCAGAUAAAGCAUUCGGCAAUCAGAAGUUUGCGGUGGGGGACUACAUUUACGGUGUGGAGCGGGCCGAAAACUUUGAGUACAUCGACCCCGUGGAUGGUACAGUGGCACGGAACCAGGGUUUAAGGAUUAUCUUCACUGAUGCAUCCCGUCUGGUGUUUCGGAUGAGCGGGAGCGGUGGGGGAACGGGUGCCACCAUCCGUAUUUAUGCCGAGAGCUUCGAGAGAGACCCAGAGAGACACAACAGAGAGACCCAGGUGGUACUAGGUCCUCUUAUUGCCAUCGCCCUGAAGAUCUCUAACAUUCACGAGAGAACAGGACGCCGUGGCCCAAAUGUUAUCACAUAAACCAGCACACACGCACACCCUCCAGUGCACACAAACUAUGCAUCUACCUGCUCACACUGACAAAAAUGAUCCUCGUACUUACUGGCUUAAAAAAAUCAACCCAUCUCUGCAGCUUCGGAGCAAUCUUUCACUUUUUUCAUUGUGAAUAAACUGAAUAUUUGCUUUGCUGACAACUAUAUAUCAACUAUUGAAAACAUGAAGGUUGUUUAUUCACUGCUAUGAAUAAUUAACCAGAAAAAAAAGCAGAGAUAAAACAAUAAACAUGUGAAUGCGCAAACUGAUUGUCUAUGUUUGUAGCUUGCUUUUAUCAAGACUAAUUCAACGAAGGAGCUCCGUUGUGGUCUUUUAAUUUUCCCAUGAUUUUUUUUUCUGUGUAACAUUGCAGUGUUCAUUUCUAAUUGUGUUAUUUUCAUUUAUAUUUCAUUGAUUACAAUAUUUCUUAACCGUUUAAUUCAAGCUGUUAAAUAAGACGCUUUCAUGGUGGACAAAGAAUGAGGAACAACAGUAUCUUCUAGAAUGAUUUAACCUUCUUUGAUUUAUAUUAUCAUAUGUGAAACCAUUUCUUCUUCUUUUUUUUAAUCCAAAUAAACAUUCUCGUGUGUUGUU